CGAAGAGAAGUGCAAAUUUUAUACCGUGUGCAUUUGAGUUGUAACCAACCAGCUCUGUUCCCUGCUGGUCUCUUGCGGUGAAUAAAUUUCGAUUGCUGGAGUGUGACCUCAGCUUGUCGGAGAAUAUCGGAACUAAAAUAAUACUGAAGAGCUUCUUUGAUACCAACUAAGCGCUGUGCAUGAGAAUUAGGAAAAAUUAAAUACAGAACAACAAGCGCCAACAAAGCCUAUAAAAUGGUAUGAGUCAUAUAUAAACACUGACAUUGCAACCGUUCAUUGGUCAUGGGAUUUCUUGAUAUUGCCUCCGAAAAUUCUCCGCAAGAUAUCGAGAAUAAUGCAUGUUUCAUCUAACGCUUUUGCUAUUAUUGUUGCCCUUUGUUACUAGUUUUCUUUGUAGUGGAUUCCUUCCUGCCUACUCCGUACGAUAGAAGCUGCCGGCAGUUCCCGGGGGCUUGGAAAGAAGGCAUAGGCAAAACCUUGGAAAAGUGGACUAGCUUAUUAUGGUAGUUAGUUGAUGCUGGAGAAUUGGCCUUCCCGCUAGUAACUUAACUUACUUGCCAUCGUUGCAAACUCAGUCCGGGGCAGUUGUCAGCCUUUGUCUUGGAAAGGAUUUGUCGCAGCAUCAUCAUCAUCAUCAUCAUCAUCAUCAAGGCGCCCGGGACAUUUCAAAACCCACCCAAGAUUUCCUCCCAUGUUGGUUUUGGCGUAUGUGAGCAGCCAACCUGAUCAGUGAUUUGUCGCCGAUUGGGGACGGACUUGCUCCAGGCGGCCCCGCGCGUGGUGGAACCCCGGCCGGGAGCAGUGGAGUUGGCCAUGCUAGACCCAUUUAAAGUACAGAGCACUAGUGUCAUCAGUCAGAGGGCGGGUACCGUAACUCGGGAUCACAUUCCGGGAAAUACCCUAGCGCACUUAGACUUUAAAGCCGGGGCCAGGCCUAUUUAAGCCCUAGUUAGUUGAUGAAGUCAUCAUAACAGGCCAAGGAUGCCCGGCAAAGCCUAUUUCGCCAAUUUGCUGCCCCUUUGUAAAACUUCAUCCCUUUUAUAACUUAUAACUACCGGAUGGGUUUGCCAAAUCUUCUCGUCUGACUGAUACUCAUCUCAACUCAACUCGCUCCGUCCAAGUCACUGCGGGUUCAUUAUCCCGUCUUAUUGGUAGAUUGAUCUCCUCCUCCCUACGACAUUGAUUCACUCUAUAUACUAUCUAAUCAACUCCUCCUAGUUACUGUACGUCGACGACUGCAACUUCUUCUAUCAUAACAUACACACUCUUCCCAUUCGUUGUCUACACACACACCAUGUAUUCGACCUCAGCAGGACCCACGAGGAUCAUAAUGACUUGCUCUGCCCCAUCAAUGCUGCGAGGCGCCCUGAUGCGUCCUCCAACCUCGACUAUGAACACCCUGAGAGUCAGCCCCAUGCUAUACCAUUACACCGCCGCCUCAAAUCCUAGCAACACAAGAUAUUUCACAUCAACUACUCGUCGGCGUAUUAAAGAAUUCUUUGCUGCUCCGAAGCAAACGGAUCAUAUUAUCGCAUCGAUGACGACAUGGAAACAUCCAGUAUUCACUGAACAACAAAUGAAAGAUAUCGCCAUCGCACAUCGAGAGGCCAAGAAUUGGUCGGAUUGGGUUGCCCUAGGCACCGUUCGUGCCCUGCGCCGGGCUACAGAUCUCGCAACUGGCUAUAGACACCCCUUAGCCGGGAAACAGGAAAAAGAAAUCCCAGAAAAAUUCCAGAUGACGGAAAGGAAAUGGAUCGUCCGUUUUAUUUUCCUGGAAACAGUCGCUGGCGUUCCCGGAAUGGUUGGCGGUAUGCUUCGCCAUCUCCGUAGCUUGAGACGCAUGAAGCGUGAUAACGGCUGGAUCGAAACACUCUUAGAAGAAGCCUACAAUGAGCGCAUGCACCUGCUCUCCUUCCUAAAACUCGCAGAGCCAGGAUGGUUCAUGCGACUAAUGGUCCUAGGAGCCCAGGGCGUCUUUUUCAACAGCUUCUUCAUCUCCUACCUGAUUUCCCCGCGCACCUGCCACCGCUUCGUCGGAUACCUUGAAGAGGAGGCUGUCAUGACAUACACCCACGCAAUCAAGGACCUCGAAGCGGGCAAGCUCCCCAACUGGGCUAAUCAGCCGGCUCCGGAUAUUGCCGUCGAAUACUGGAAGAUGCCAGAGGGAAAGAGGACAAUUCUCGACUUGCUAUAUUACAUCCGUGCCGAUGAGGCGAAACAUCGCGAAGUCAACCACACGUUGGCGAACUUGAAGCAAUGUGUGGAUCCGAAUCCGUACGCGGCCAAGUACGAUAAUCCCGACCGGCCCCAUCCUACCAAGUCGGCUGAGAUCGUCAAGCCCACUGGCUGGGAACGGGAUGAAGUCAUCUAAAUCCGGGGCGAGAUCUUCUUAUCGCUUUGGCCAAUUCGACUACAAGGCGCCCGCUGAUCUGGACUGGCUGCCGUGGUAAUAACGACCCACCAUUUCUACUAAUACAGUAAACCGAUAACUUAUCGUCGACCGGGGAACUUAGAACACGCCUAGGCGAAGCCUGUAGUUUCUUUUCUUUUCUAGUCGUUUUUUUUUCUUUUUUUUUUGACACUUGCAUUUUUCUGUGAUACCCCGUCUCUCAUCUCCAUUCAUUUUACAAAUAAAAUAAACGGCGACAACAUCAUUUAAGAUUAUCGGACGGGGGAAGUUUAUUUGAGCGGUUACAAAAACCCAGAAAAAGGGUGGUUUUUUUUUUAUUACGGUUCCUCUGAGAGUUUUUGCAUUACUGGUUCACCUUUGGUGGGAGGGGCGUUGCUGCUGCUUUUUGAUUCUAUAUAUCUAUAUAUCUAUAUAUUAGAUGCUCUUUUCAUUCUUUUCAUCACUCUUGUUUUUCUGCAAUAUAAAUGAAUCCAAGAGUUUCAAUGUCACAAGAGUGUUGUUUAUACAGGCGCCAUUUGCAUGACUGCAACCGCUGCAAAUGUUGUUAUUAAGCUGGCAGACGACUUCUCCCUAGAAAAGCAUAGCGGAAAGGCAAGAGAUAAAUGAAUGGCACAGCAAAACGCAGAUCAAAGCGAAAUUUUUUUGAAACACACAGACACUGGUCAACAGGAGCUCAGCACCAUUCCCAAUGAUCUACCAAUGGAUGUAGCUGGCAAUGUGUAUCAAGGGGAUCCUAUCAAUGAAUAUCAUGGUUAAUAGAACAAUUGGUCACGCCUAAUUUUGCCAUGUGGUUAAGAAUCUAUCGCAAUUCCAAGUCUUUCAAGUCAGGGAUUUUGAGCAGCUUAGGUGAGUGAGGUGAUCAAAAUGGUCAUCUCUCAAAACCUUCAUGGACAGUUUCUGAAUGUGAUAGAGGAGAUCAUAGUGUCUAGUACAGAUUCUUUGAGUUCCUUUUCUGAAUUUCUGUGACUAGGCAGUGUUUUAUUGAACUCCAGCCCGAUGCUAUUGAGACAAUUGGGUGUAUUGAAUCAGGAUUUCAGCUAUCCUUGAACUCCUCUA